GCAUGGAGGGAAGCACAUCAGAAACUUCUGCAGCCGAGGCGAGUGAGGAAAUAAUUUAUACUUCUGUCAAAUUCUCUCAGACUCCUCCGCCGAGGACCAAAUCUGAGCAGGAAAGGAGAGCUCCCUGUCUGAGGCCAGCAGUUGUGCCAGGCUUGGCUAUAGGCUUUGGGAUACUGAGCAUCACCCUAGCAGUUGCUUUGAUUUGGAAGAUUAGUGACUCCCAACCACGCUGCCCUGAGCAGUGGGUGGCUUACAGAGGGAGCUGCUACUCCUUCUCCAAGGAGAAGAAGGACUGGAAUUCCAGCCAGCGAUCCUGCUGGGAGCAGGGAGCUCAUCUCCUGGUGAUCAGCGAUGCCAGCGAAAUGGACCUGUUCCAGAGUAUUCAGCCAGAAUGUUUCUGGAUUGGACUGAGGAACAGCACAGGCUCUGGCUGGAUAUGGGAAGAUGGCUCUAUACUCAAUGGCACCAAGGUCUCCUCUAACAGCCCUGUGCAACACUGCGCCGUCCUGAUGAAAGGUCAAUUUCAGGCCUCCAGCUGUCAAUUUAAUGCUCCAUGGAUCUGUGAGAAAUCUCUUAGAUAAAGCCCGUGUGCAUUUUCAUCUCAUAACCAUCUCAUCAGUGGUGCAAGUGGAUCAUUCUCCUGCAAACCAAAGCCCUGCACAAGACCAAGGGCUUGCCCUUCCCACACCCUCACAAAGGUGCUUUGCAGGGACAGUCUUGUUGCCCGUAAGGGUGAGUUAUCAUCAGUGGUAGUUCCAUUUCCAGGCCACACGUGUUGGAUUGCUGCUGUUUGUGACCAGAUGAGACCUGGGACAUAUUCCCUGACCUACCCCUUGCCUUAUUUGUCCUGUAAGGGCCAUCAAAAGGUUUGUCACAACAGAUACUGGGUCUUCAGAUCUCAUGUUCCUCCCUUCCUGAGCAUCGGGUGGCAUUUCCAUUUCCUGCAUCUCCAUUGUCUGGUGCCAGCAGGACCAGGAAAACGAAGUGUGAUG